AACCUGGUUAAAGGUUGACAUGCUUCCACACACAGCAUCUGUAGAAAUAAGUGUCCCUGACUACAAGGAAGCUUCAUGUGCAAUGGUCCCUGAUUGUACUGUGGGAAAAUAUGCAUCUCUGGGAGGAAAUGUUUUCCCUUAUAUGGUGGGAUUAGCUGCCCUGGAUCCUAAUUGUCCAGAGGAAAAAUUAGCUGUGUCUUUGGAAUCAUAUGAGCCCUUUUCUGUAGUUAAUACUGAUUCUUCUAGGAGCUUGGAUGCACAAGAUGCUUUAGGAACCGAUGUCCUUGUUGGUGCUUUUAAUUCUGUCAGCAUAGCUGAAAUGUCUGGUCAGAGAGAUGAUGAAUUAAAAGAUAAUGUUACAUCUGAUGAUGCUUCUGAGACGAAAGGCUUCGAUUCUAUUUGUUCAUACCCUCAGAGUAGGAGUACUUGCAUGAGUAGAUUGAACCAAAACACUCGGACCAAAAAAGCCGGAAGAGAUUUCAGGAAAACAACUAACAAGAAAGCAUUGCUAGAAUUAAUUUUCUUGAAGGUCACAAGAAGAAGAAGAAGCUGUUUCUCCAGAAGACCACGUUCAUUUGUGUGGGGAUCAUUGGGGUAUAUUGCACAAGCUUUUGAGCAGAAUACCGGGCUCAAUGUUGGUCAAAAUAAGCUUAAAAAAUCACGAAAAGAUAGAAGUGGCGGGGAAGGUGUAAAGCGAAGUAAGAAUCGGACGGGUCAAAUCUCUCAAAGGUCAAGGGGAAUAACCGGUGCUUCAACUGGUCGCAUCCGUUUGAAGAUUAAACUGGGGAAAGGAGUGGUCCAAAGUUGUUUAACGGAUGUGGUUCCUAUUAUUGAGAAUGAUCUCGACAAAUGUUGUGGGACCAGGAUUGGAUGUCCCAAAUUGAUUGAGGGCGCUUACGAGAAAUUGGAGAAAGAGGCACUUAGGGGCUCAGGGUUCUGUUGUGCUGCAGAUAAUAAGUGUGGAAUACCCUUCCAGGAAGAGGUUGAAGGAUUGGUUGUGAAAGUUGACAAUAGGUGCUUAGAUCCUGGAACUUCACCUGAUUCUGAGGUCAUCAACGUGAUUCCAGAUGGCCAAAUCAGUGAAAAAACCCCAGGAGAUUUGCAGGAUGUUCUAAUUUCCUGCCAGGAAUGUGUUGUUUCUGGUGACGUUACAAGUUCCAGUCCUCCACAGAUGAGCAGUAAGAAAGGAAAGGAGAAAGAUAAGCUCCACAAGGCAGGUAAUUGCAGUGUUGAAAGUAGAAUACUUUUUCCAGAGGUCAUAAACAGUGACAAAGUGUCUGAUGAACAUGGACAGAGAGAGAAAAUUGGAGAUGGUUCUGGCUGCAGUGGGGCUUCUAUUUUAGCUACAACCGGAAAUGAAUCUGGCAACACAUCUAGCAGUGGCAAUUUUUCUAGGAAAUCGCUGCCCCAGUCAGGAGGUACCAAUUUUGGAGUCUCCUGUGAUACUUUGAAAGUUGAAAGUGGUACAGAAGUUGAUCUAUGUUCCAGGCUUGAGUCACCAGGAUUGCAGAUAUCUGAGCCAUUGCUCUCUCAUAGGCAUACUAGGGAUCAAAAACUUCCCAAAAGUUCGAAAUCAAGGGGAAUGAGCAAGAGCAGGUCAGAAGUUGCGGUUUCAGCAAGCAGGAGAGGAAAUGCUCGUAGACAAAAGGAGAAUCAAUCUAAGUCAGUUAGUAAGUGCAAAGUCAUGGAGAAGGGUGAUAGUUUUCAAGCUGUUUGCAAAGUAGAAAGUCACCUAGAAACAGGGAAUCACGCAUCAGAUGAUCUUGGAGAAACUAAACAUGGGAAGAAAAGUUCAACCGGGGACCUUUAUAACCUGGAUGUGAUGCCCAGUGGGAUGGCAGAGCAAAAUGUAACCCCACGGACUGCUGUAAAUGGAGGCGUAUACAAGCUACGCUUGCGGACUAUAUUGAAGAAACUAAUUGCAGAUGUUGAGGUGGCAUAUUUUUGGAAGGGAUUAGUAGAAGAUGGGAAUGUUUUAACUGCCCUCGCCAUCUUAAUCAACAAUAGCUUGUUCAUUUGGCAACAUGUUUGCUAA